AUGUACUUGCUCAACCAUACAGAUAUUCGACCCGCGCAUCGUUCGCUGUUCGAGAGGCGGAAUUGCAUCGCCAUAUUCUCCGUCGCGGGCCAGAUGCGCGGCGCGGCGCCCACCACCGAGCCGCUCUACAUCCAGUUCGAAGACGAGGAGAUGGCAAACACCUGGCUCGCGCUCCUCCGCUCCUACGCCAUGCCAGAGGUGUACGGCCGCUGGCUGUCGCCCGAGGACGGCGGGCUCUACCGCAUGUGGCGCCAGGUCGACCUCACCUGCCUGCAGGGCCGCAACCUCGGCGUGACGCGCCCGCUGGCGGACGACGUCCCCGCGGCCGAGCAGGACGGGCGCCCGGAGGCGGACGCGAUCGACAUGGACGUCUACUGCGAGAUCGUCGUCAACGGCAUCCUCUGCGGGCGCACGACGGUGAAGAAGGGCAUCGGCUCGCCCGACUGGCACGAGCGGUUCGUGCUCGCCGACCUGCCGCCGUUCGAGAACCUGGAGAUCGUGGUUUGGAGGGAGAAGAAGCUCACGCGCCCGUCCGUCAUCGGGAGCGUCACGAUCGUGUUGGUGAACUUCCGGAGGGGGGACUCUGUGGAGGGCUGGUUCCCGGUCCUGCAUGGCGGCCAGGCUUCCAGUACGCAGGCGGGCGAGAUGCGGCUGAAGAUCCGAGUCGAUGAGGAGAUCAUCUUGCCAUACCAUGCAUACAAUCGGAUGUUGCGGGCAUUGCAUUCACGCAACCAUUUGGACUGGAUGCGCGAGCUGGAGGCGCGGCUCAAGAUGAAGAACGUUAACCAGAACAUCAUGUCCAUUGCGAUUGCCAAGAACGCCUUGCUGGAUAACAUCAUGGAGCUAGCGGACAGAGAAGUGGAUGGCACGUUGACAUGUAACACGGUCUUCACCAAGACCGUCGAACUCUAUAUGUCAUGGUACGGCAUGGCAUUCCUCGAGGCGAGCGUCGGCACAUCCAUUCGGCGCCUCUGUUCGGAGAAGGUUGCUAUCGAGGUAGAUCCCGUGCGCAUAGGGAAGGGCGGCAGGGCCGUCGAGAAGAACGUGGAGCUUCUCGUCACCUGGUGCCAUGAGUUCUGGGACGGCAUAUAUGACGCGAGGCGACAAUGUCCUCCUGAGCUGCGGAAAUUAUUCGAGCACAUUCGGCGAUUGGUGGAGAGCAGAUACCGAGUCAGAGAGGACAGCAAUCGCGAGCUUCCUUGGCAGAGCGUGUCAGCGUUCUGUUUCUUGCGCUUCAUCGUUCCUGCAAUCCUGCACCCUCAUCUGUUCGGGCUUCUUCCAGGUCUUCCGGAUGUCGCUGUCCAGCGCAGUCUCACGUUGAUUGCGAAGGUGAUUCAGAGCCUCGCUAACCUUAAUCCAACCGUGCAGAAGGAGCAAUUCAUGCGUGGUGUCAAGGACUUCCUUACUGGUAGUUUGCAGGCAAUGAUUGACUACAUCGUCGUGGUCUCCACCCCUGAGCCCGGAGGCAAGGGUCCUCCCACUCCUCUCUCCCUUUCCUCGGAUAAGCACGAACGACUUCGAAUAAUGAAUGCUCUACGGCACCGAAUUGCGACCGCACCUGUCCUUUAUCGCGAGGCCAUACCCCUUCUUCCCCAUCUGCUGGAUAUACCCCGACACCUCGCAGUGGUCACCUCCGUCGUCGUCCGCUACUCCAGGACGCAGAACGUUCAGCCUAGCAGACAGCCAAAUCCGGAAGACAAGUACUUCCUGGAUUUCUGUGCGCGUUGCAUUGAAGUGGAAGAACAAGCGCUCUUCCGUGUCAGCAAGCUAGCCGCGAAGCCGCGACGACAGUACUCUGAACCACCCUGCAUCGCCAUCGUCUACAUGGAAACAAUCCAUACGUGA